AUUUGCCAGAAGUCGCAAUCAGUCAGCUAGAAAUCUAUGGGUCACAAGCUGUCAUAGUUGAAGCUGAGAGUCUAGCUGGUUGCCAGGUGCAAGCACUUAUACUGGCCCACAAUCAGUUGCAGCACGUUGCUGAUAAAGCUUUCAGCUCUCUUUGGCAAAGUCUUACUUCGCUGGAUCUGAGCUACAAUCAACUGGACAGUGUUCCCUUUGCUGCAUUGAAGGAGCUCAGGAACCUGCAAUGGAUGAAUCUACAUGGGU